AUGACGUCUGGCGGUGAGAUGACCAGUGAAAGGCCAGAAAAUCUCGGGUUACGCAGGACGUCAUUGGAACUGGAUCUGACGAAUACACGCACGACACGCCAUAGAGAUUCUUUCUUACUGUGCACGUAUAAUGCCAGAACACUCUCUUCAGACGUCGACCUUCACACCCUUCUUGUAGCCGGAGAUCGCAUUAAAUUUCGUGUGGUCGAACUACAAGAAACAAAAAUCAAGAAGGCCGACAUACGCCAACUAAAGAAUGAGACCCUUGUCAUCAGUGGAGAAAAAAUCCCGUCACGAAAUGUCGGCGGCGCAGGGUUUGUCGGCCAAGCGCCCGUUGUCUAUUUCGUCGACUCAUACGAGAUCCUUUCCAUUCGCAUAGCCGUCCUUCGUCUUCAACUGUCGCAUCAUAAGAAGAUCACUAUCAUCAACUGCUACUCACCGACCGACGCAGCUGAUGAGUACGAAUUAAAUGCGCUCUACUAUCAGUUGGAGGAAGUCAUCUGCAAUGAUAAAGCAUAUCAUAAAUUUGUUGUCGGGGACUUCAACGCCAGAAUAGGAAAAGCCAACGAGAGCCAAUAUGGUGUCGGAAAUUUUGGUUUAGGAGAAGGAAAUGAGAAUGAGAACCGUCUCGCAGAACUCCUGUUCUCAGCACAUCUUCCAUGGAAACUCGUUUUUCCAGAAGAAAGAAAGCCGCCGCUUGACAUGGGAGUCUCCUAA